AUGCCGAUCGGUGAUCUUCUCGCCCAGAUUUCGGGGGGCCCAAGUCCAGAUUCAACAAUGACGAUGCCGACCGCCACUCUUCCGCCAAAGCGGAAAGCAAACGAUGACUUGAGGAAGCCGGUUGACAAACUUCAAAGGCCAAACACUGCUACUAUAUCGAGACCAAUGACCCAAGCGCAUCGUCCUACAGCUGUUGAUAUGAGUAUGGGCAGGAUGAAGAUCGACACGAAACAACAAAGACCAACUCCGAGCUCGGCUAAUACCGCCAACACCACUUUCAAAAACGGCCAGCCAACACCACCUCCAUCGUCCACCGAAUCAACAAAACCUCCCAAGAAAGGUUCAUAUGCGGAGAUUUUGGCACGGGGAAAAGCUGCACAGGCUUCUUUGGGUCAGGUUGGAAAGAUUCAACACAAACGCAUCGAGAAAGCACCAUCAAAGCGAGAGUCGGAUAAACUAAGGACCCAAAAGGGGAAAACCAUUCAAAAGGGACUAGAACCAAAUUCCAAAUUUCAAAGACCUGGCCAGGUUCCCGCUCGGAAUGGACAGAGUGGCACGAAUGGUACGAAGUCUGUUGGUGCCAAGGCUCCGCCACCAGCUGUUGAAAAGAAAGUCAAAAAAGCUGCAACAGCAACGACUGGAUACACCGGGACUGCUCGCCCAAGACCAGGAGGUGGUGGUCCAACUGCUAACAAGCCAAGUGCACCUUCAUAUUCCGCUCGUAGUGGCAACGACCGAUAUAAAAAUGGUAGAAAGAACCUCGAUCGCUACUAUGCUACUGAUGAGGAUGAGGAUGAAGAUGACAUGGAGGGUGAAGUCGAGGAAGAUGACUAUGCAUCCGAUGUAUCUUCUGAUAUGGAAGCAGCCACGUUCGAAGUCGAUGAAGAAGAAGAAAAGGCCGCUGCUAUCGCCAGGAAGGAGGAUGCUGAAGCUCUUGCCGAAGAGAACAGACUCAAGAGGGAUAAAGCUGAAAAGCGAGCACGACUUGCAGCUAUGGCCAAGUCCAGAAGAUGA